UGUGUAAAUAACGGCGAAGUCAACAAAACUAAACGGAGAAGCAAUACUUUUCGCCAUGGCUAAUCGAGGAAUGCGACUUUACAGACGGGCCCAGAUGAAUGUCAAACAAGAGCAGGACGACGAUUCUGAUACAGAGGAGUCACAUCUUGGAUUUAAAAAAUCGGAUGGACGCGAGUCACAGAUAAUUCACAGCGGUCAUUUCAUGGUGUCUUCCCCGCACAGUGAGCAUCCACCCAAAAAAGGCUACGACUUCGACACAGUGAACAAGCAGACCUGUCAGACAUAUCAUUUUGGAAAGACGAGUACUUCACACCUUUCCAUUGAUGCAUCUCUUACAAAACUUUUCGAAUGUAUGACUCUUGCUUACAGUGGGAAAUUGGUGUCACCCAAAUGGAAGAACUUUAAAGGCCUGAAAUUGCUGUGGCGGGACAAGAUUCGGCUGAACAACGCCAUCUGGAGAGCCUGGUACAUCCAGUAUGUGGAGAAGAGAGAGAACCCUGUAUGUCACUUUGACACACCGCUGGAUGGAACAAUGCAUUCUGAAGUCCAUCGACUGGCAGAGGCCGUGGCCACAGAGGGGAAGUACUGGAAGAGGAGAAUCGAAAUCGUCAUCAGAGAGUAUCAUAAGUGGAGGACAUAUUUUAAGAAAAGGUUACAGAAACACAAAGACGAGGAUCUCUCCAGCCUGCUCAAGGGUGCAGAGGAGCAGUAUUCUCUUUUUGGGGAAGUCUUUCCAGACACGCUCCGUGUGUCCUUCUGCCAGGAUGAGGAGACAGGGGGAGCCAGUCGCCGCAACUCCCGGAAGAGCAGGGAGUCGCCCGCGCCCAUGGAGAUGGACCCACUGUUCGACAUGGAUCUGCUGAUGUCCGAAUUUUCAGACACGCUCUUCUCCACGCUGACAUCCCAUCAGCCUGUCGCCUGGCCCAACCCCAGAGAGAUCGCCCACGCAGGUAAUGCAGACAUGAUCCAGCCAGGCCUGAUCCCGCUGCAGCCCAACCUGGACUUCAUGGACACCUUUGAGCCCCUACAGGAUCUGUUUCACCGUCAGCCUGCAUUCCUCUCCUCUUCCCCCACUGCCCCAACCGUGACCUCUUUACAUACCAGCAUUUCCCAAACACAGGCUCCCAUCCUCCCUUCCAUCGAUCUGCCGUCCAUCACUCUGGAUCAGCAGCUCAUCCCCUCGUCUGACCCCUUAGUAAACACAAACUCCUUAGCCAAUCAGAGCAGCGGUAACACCGUAUGCUCCGCCUACACACAGAACUACAUGCCGCUCUUUACUGCCACUCCACAGAUGGCAGACCCGCCUCUCGCCCCACCUCCGCCUCCUCCACCGACAGCCCAUUCUGUCCUGCCCACCCCUCUGCCCAACAGCGCCGCCCCACCCCCACUGUCUGUGAUCACGCACACGGCCCCGUCCACGCCAGUGACCCCCAGCAACGCAACCACCACCUUCAGUCACAGGUCCAGUUUCUCCCCUUGUCUGCUCCCUCCCCAGCCCCCAGCUUCACCCGUGACCCCCCAGCCCUCAAUACCCCCCCAGACGCAGAGCUUCGCCAUGCCCAGACCCAUCCAGCCCUCCGGCCCGACCAAAAAAUCCGGCCGCGUCCAGAGGAUCGUUCCUGCCAACCCCAUCCCCUCCCCUCAGCUCAUACUGACGGGCCACACCAGUGCUGUGAUAGUGACUCCCUCCCCUCUAAAAGCGGAUGUGUCCAGUACCGGACUGGUUGUCGCGCCCUCCGGUUGUGCAUCUCCUGGUUUUCAUAUCCUGUCUCAGACGCCAAAGUCUCCUCACCUUAUUGUUCCUAAGGAGGAAACAGCCUCAGCUGCAUCAAACCAUAAAACUCCGGCACCCACCCCCAACACUGUGCGUGAUGGACAGAGUUCAAGCCAGGGGUCCCCGUGUGGUUCUGAACAGGUUCCCAGCCCUCAGUCUCCACUCAACAGCAGCACAAGUCUGGCCAAGUCAGAGGUCACCCAGAGCCGCAGAGUGAACCACAUCUCUGCUGAGCAGAAGAGGCGCUUCAACAUCAACAUCGGAUUCAAGACCCUCUGCAACUUAGUGCCCUCUCUCAAGUCCCAGGCAAAUAUCAGUAACGCGGCCACGCUGCAGAAGACAGUGGAGUAUAUUGGUAAGCUGCAGCAGGAGCGACAGCAGAUGCAGGAGGAGACCAAGAGGUUGAGAGAGGAGAUAGAGGAGCUCAACGCCUCCAUAAAUCUUUGUCAGGAACAACUUCCUGCGUCUGGGGUUCCUAUGACCCGCCAUCGCUUCGACCACAUGAGAGAGAAAUUUGACGAGUAUGUGAAGAGCAGGACCCUGCAGAACUGGAAGUUCUGGAUUUUCAGCAUUAUCAUCAAGCCACUGUUUGAAUCAUUUAACGGAACUGUAUCAACCACCAGCAAAGGAGAGCUGUGUGAAACCACCAUGCAGUGGCUAGACAGGCACUGUGCACUGCCUGUCCUUAGACCGAUGGUACUUGGCACCCUGCGUCAACUCAGUACCAGCACCUCUAUAUUGACUGAUCCUACACUCCUGCCUCAGGAAGCCAGACAAGCGGUCAGCAACCCCAGAAAACACUCCGAAGAGCUUUAGGCCCAGUUCCACACCCACGCUCAGCAAAGCAGAAUCAGAGCAUCUCUCCCAGGGAGACGGUGUCAGGAGGCCUUUCAGGCGGCAGUUCUUUCUCCCUGCUCCAAACUGAACUGGUGGCUAUUGUGACUUUGCCUCAGCCAAGUGACAUAUUUUGAAUGAAAUGAAAUCCUUUAUUGUCAUCCCAGCCC